AGAGCAGAGGCAUAAGAGCACCUCACACAACAAGAAGAGCAUCAGAAACAUGAACAACACAAAGUAGGUCAUUGCUCUUGCUCUCUUUCUUCCCCUCUUCCUCCCCCUUAGUCAAGUCCUUGCAGCUCCGAUGGAUGAAAAGAACAGCUGCCCCACCAACAUCUGGACUGAACUCCUGGCUGUCAGAGACAUGGUAGUGGAGCAACGCAUAGUGCUGAGAGACACAGAUGUCAAGUUGAGCGUCAUAGAGGGUGUGGUGGACAAACUCAGCAUAUACUGUAUAAUGAAGCCAUGGAGGCCAGGCUGAAAGUGAGUGGGGGCUUGGUAGCUGAACUGGAGAAAGAAAUACCAGGUACUGUAAUGCACAAAGCUAGAUUUGGAUAACUAUUCACUGUUUUUUUGUCUGCUAGAUGGAAGUAACUAACAUUUCUUGCUAUUUUGUAAAAAAUAAGUGUUGCCAUCAGUACAGUACUUUUUGGUAAGGGUCCUUGCCCUGAGUCCACAGAGAGGUCAGCAGUGGUGUUCUCUGCUGCACUGGGUAGCACCAUAGGGCCUUCUGACCAAGAUGGACCUUGAACAGAGAGGUGACCAAGAACCCAAUGACCACUCUGACAGAACAGGGUUCCUUGGUUGAAAUAGGAGAACAGUUUCUACAGCACUUCACCAAUCUGGGCUUUAUGGGAGAGUGGCCAAACGGAAGCCACUCACGAGAAAAACCUGCUUCAGAGUGCAAACGACUUUAGAAUGGGGCGAAAAAUGAUGCUCCAACAGGAAAAUGACCUCAAGCAUACAGCCAAAGCAAUGCUGAAAUGGCUUAAGAACAAGAAUGUGAAAGUUCUUGAGUGGCCCAGCCAAAGCCCAGGUUGAAUCUGUGGAAAGACUUAAAGAUUGCUCUUCACCGCCACUCCCCAUCCCGAACUUAACAGAGCUUGAGAAAAGGAAUGGGGGAAAAUCCCCAAAUCCAGAUGUGCGAAGACACAAGAUGACUCAGUUGUAAUCGCAGCCAAAGGUGCUUCCCCAAAGUAUUUACUCAGGGGUGUGAAUAAUUAUGUAAAUAGGAUAUUUCUGUAUGUCAUUUUCAAUACAUUUGCAAAGAUUUCUACAAAAAUGUUUUCACUUUGUCAUUAUGGGGUACAGUGUGUCAAGUUGAGGAAUAAGUCAAGGUGUAUGAAUACUUUCUGAUUUACAAUUGCAUUUUACAGGUUUUACUUUAUCAUGUCUUAUACAGUAUAUAAUCAAAUUUCCUCAUCUGUUUGUAUGCCCUCUAUCAAGGUGUUUUGGUGCUUCCCUUAUGCACUACCCUUUUUACGUGCACAUACUAUACCACAGGUAUAGUCAACUGUCUAUCCUGCGCUCUAUCUAUAAUGACAAUAAUGGUAGUUGGAUCGUUUGUCCAGAUCUACAAUAGGUUAAAUAGCAGUCAUACCACCUGAUAGGCAGGUGAGAGGCCAGGUGUGUCAUUGCUCUUGAAAGAACAGUGAAGAAAUGCAGGUCAAAAAGCUCCACCAUUGAUCUUGUUUAGGAACAAUACAAGUAUCUUACCUAGAAUAUCUACAACACCACAAUCCAAUGAAUAAUUGUAUUGUUUUCAAGUGAGUGCAAAUGAGAACAAUUAUACUCUAAGCUGUAAACUGCAAUGGAAAUUUCAUUAGAAUAAUGGCGCUAAAGCCCUGUUAUUUGAACGUUUCGUUCCAUUCAUUCCAUUUAGAUCAGUUGUGGGUCUACUCUCAACAGAUUAUACAAAGGCACAGUAGCAGGCCAGUCUGGCUGUAUUUUUACUUCUGAUACUGUUGUCGAUCAUCAUUCCCCGAAGUCGUCCUAUAGUGUGGCAAAAUAUUUUUAUAACUAACCCAAGAUAAACCACAGCCUGUCGUUUCUAUUCGGGACAAAUGAGUCAUAUUGGACAGAACAAGCAAGGAGGUGGGUAGAGCCAAACACAAGCUAGCGAGAUCCUAUUGGCGUGUUCGAGCAAAUAUUUGUGUAUUUCCAUUAGGGAACGCCUACUCUGUGAAGUACGCGUGUACAGUAACUCGAUUUGCCUUUGCACCCCUUUGAAACAACAAGAUUUUUGAACACUUUGGCAAAGUUCUACAAAACUUUGUCCACUCUGUUCAUAACAUAUUCGUUUUAGGAACAGAAAACUGUAUUGAAAUCAAUGUUUGAUCAAUGAGAAAAGUUGCAGGAUGUCGGCAAAAAUCAAUUCUCCCACUGCCAACCACAGGGCUUCCUCUCACUACCAUAAUUGGUAGUGAGUGUAAACGGCAAGCGUUUACUUCACUUUUAUACAUCCGGUAAAAUAUCUGUCUCAUUGUUCUAUGUGUGGUGUGGCCACACAGGCCUAUGCCAGUGGAAGGGGAGGACCCUCCUCCUCAGUGAAUUUCAUCAUCAACAAAAACAUUUUUAAACACUUUAAAAGUUAUCCUUUUUAGAUAAAACUUUACUUUUAAUAUAUUCACGUCACCAAAUAAUUUAUUAAAACACACUGUUUUGAAAUGAAGGUCUACAGUAGCCUCAAAAGCACUCUGUGGGGUAGCACCAUGGUGUAGCCGGAGGACAGCUAGCUUCCGUCCUCCUCUGGGUACAUUGACUUCAAUACAAAAUCUAGGAAGCUCAUGGUUCUCACCGCUUUCUAUAGACUUACACAGUAAUUAUGACAACUUCCAGAGGACGUCCUCCAACUUAUCAGAGCUCUUGCAGCAUGAACUGACAUGUUGUCCACCCAAUCAAAGGAUCAGAGAAUUAAUCUAGAUCUGAAAGAAUAAGCUACAGCUAGCUAGCAAGAGAGAGACAUUUAGUCAUUUUUUUCCACUUUCAGUUUCACUUACUUAGCUAGCAAAUGCAGCUAGCUAGUUUAGCCUACUCAAACACCCUGUUCAAAGAGAGCGAUGCUAUGUUAGCUAGCUGGCUAUGACUAUCCAACACAACACUGGAUUCUUCCAAGUCAAGGUAAGCUGUUGGUUUUACUAAUUUAUUGCCACCGGGACCUGCCGGUGUAAGUGCUAAACUGCUUACUGACUGUACACUGUAAUGUUACUGCAUGAUUGUAGCAGGUUUACUAACUUGUUUAACAGGUUUACUAACUUGCACCAAUGUUCAAUAUACAGUAUAUCCACAAGAUAGAGGUAUUAUCUGAUAGGCAGGUGAGAGGCCAGGUGUGUCAUUGCUCUUGAAAGAACAGUGAAGAAAUGCAGGUCAAAAAGCUCCCCCAUUGAUCUUGUUUAGGAACAAUAAAAGUAUUGUCAGGAAAACUAUGAUAUAUGAAGACUAUGAUAUAUCAGUGCUCGUCUAUGUACUCAUGUUAUUUUAUGCCCAGCUGUAUUUAUUGUCUUCUUUUAUAUAUUAUUGACUAUGAUGACUAUGAUGUUACUUUAGCUAAUACGGUGACAACAAUGUAGGCUGUGUGUAGCGGUUAUGAUAUGGUUUGGCUUAGAAAGGUUUUUUCAACCUGGACACAUACAGGCGAUGUGUUGUGCAUUGAAGUCCACAAGCGAUUUUUAUUUUAUUUAACCUUUAUUUAAAUAGGUCAGUUAAGAACAAAUUCUUAUUCACAAUGACGGCCUAGGAAUAGUGGGUUAACUGCCUUGUUCAAGGGCAGAACGACAGAUCUUUACCUUGUCAGCGCUGGGAUUUGACCUAGCAACCUUUCGGUUACUGAUCCAACGCUCUAACCACUAGGCUACCUGACGCCACAAAAUGGGAAAAAGUGAGAGGAGGAGAGCGCAUAGAUGCAAGAAGGAACACAACGUGGCUGCUAUGAAAGUGAACUGUUUACGUGUGUAUUCAUUAUGCCAAUUCUGUUGAAAAAAAAUCUUAAACGGAAGCAAACGGAACGAAGCGGGGAUAAACAGACCUGAAUUUGUCCAAUAGAAACUCUCGUUUGCAACUGUUGGACUAAUGAUUACGCCCUAGAUCAGCUAGAUGCAGGCAAGAGUGUGCAAGGAGGUAUUGAAUGUGUCACUGUCUGUCCAUGUGGCACUGUCUGUCACAUUGUAAACUAUCAUUCAUAGGCUAGGUUGUAGCAACCUCAUGAUGGGUAUAGGGACAAUGUUAGUAUGAUGUAGUAGCAGUGGUGUAAAGUACUUAAGUAAAAAUAUACUUUAAAGCACUACUUAAGUCAUUUUUUGGGGUAUCUGUACUUUGCUAUUCAUAUUUUUGACAACAUUUACUUUUACUUCACUACAUUCAGGAGAUGCAGCAGCAGGAGCAACAGCAGCAGCAGCAAAAGCAGCAGCAGCAGCAGCAGCAGUGGGAGAGGCUGCACCUUUUGGAAAAAUGGACUUGGGAGGAGAUCCUAGAUGGGAAAGGACCCUGGGCAGAGCCUGGGGAAUAUUGCUGCCCCAAAGCCGAGCUGGAGGCAGCGAAAUCAGAGAGGCAGCAUUAGUCCAGAGGCGCCAGAGCCCCUCAGUUCAGAGGCGCCAGAGCCCCUAGGUCCAGAGGCGCCAGAGCUUCUCAGUCCAGUGCUGCCAGAGCCUUCCUCCUCUCCAGCGCAGCCGGAGUCUCCCGCCUGUCCGGCAGAUUCUCCCAUCUGUCCAGAGCCGCCAGAGCCGCCAGACAGCCAGGAUCCGCCAGAGCCGCCAGUCAGCCAGGAUCCGCCAGAGCCGCCAGUCAGCCAGGAUCCGCCAGUCAGCCAGGAUCCGCCAGAGCCGCCAGUCAGCCAGGAUCCGCCAGUCAGCCAGGAUCCGCCAGAGCCGCCAGUCAGCCAGGAUCCGCCAGAGCCGCCAGUCAGCCAGGAUCCGCCAGAGCCGCCAGGAGCCGCCAGUCAGCCAGGAUCCGCCAGAGCCGCCAGUCAGCCAGGAUCCGCCAGAGCCGCCAGGAGCCGCCAGAGCCGCCAGUCAGCCAGGAGCCGCCAGAGCCGCCAGUCAGCCAGGAUCCGCCAGAGCCGCCUGUCAGCCAGAAGCCGCCAGAGCCGCCUGUCAGCCAGGAGCCGCCAGAGCCGCCUGUCAGCCAGGAGCCGCCAGAGCUGCCAGAGCCGUCUGUCAGCCAGGAGCCGCCAGUCAGCCAGGAGCCGCCAGAGCCGUCAGUCAGCCAGGAGCCGCCAGAGCCGUCAACCAGCCUGAGCUACAUCUCAGGCCUGCGCUACCUCUCAGUCCUGAGCUACCUCUCAGUCCUGAGCUACCCCUCAGUCCUGAGCUACCUCAGUCCCGAGCUGCCCCUCAGCACGGAGCUGCCCCUCAGUCCAGUGGGGCCCUUUGUUAGGGUUACUAGGCCAAGGUCGGCGGCGAGGGUCGCCACUCAAAGGGCACUAAGGAGGUGGACUAAGACAAUGAUGGAGUGGGGUCCACGUCCAGCGCCAGAGCCAUAGCCGCGGACAGAUGCCCACCCAGACCCUCCCCUAUAGGUUUAGGUUGUGCGGUCGGAGUCCGCACCUUGGGGGGUACUGUCACGUUCUGACCAUAGUUCUUUUGUGUUUUCCUUGUUUUAGUGUUGGUCAGGACGUGAGCUGGGUGGGCAUUCUAUGUUGUGUGUCUGGUUUGUCUAUUUCUAUGUUUGGCCUGAUAUGGUUCUCAAGCCGAGGCAGGUGUUAGUCAUUGUCUCUGAUUGGGAACCAUAUUUAGGUAGCCUGUUUUGUGUUGGGUUUUGUGGGUGAUUGUUUCUUGUCUUUGUGUCUAUGCACCAGAUAAGACUGUGUUCGCUUUUCACAUUUAUUGUUUUGUAGUUAGUUCAUGUUAAGGGUCUCUUAUUGAAGAACAUGAACUCUAACCACGCUGUGUUUUGUUCCGCCUCUCCUUCCCAGGAAGAAAGCCGUUACACAUCCCUACUGCAUCUGAUCUGGCAGACUUCAUUUGUAAAUUAUAUUUGAGUGUUGGAGUGUGCCCCUGGCUAUCUGUAAAUAAAUAAAAACUAGAAUAUGUGGCCAUCUGCUUAAUAUAAGGAAUUUGAAAUUAUUUAUACUUGUACUUUUACUUUUGAUAUUUAAGUAUAUUUUAGCAAUUACAUUUGUAUUUGUAUUUAUUAUGGGUCCCCAUUAGCUGCUGCCAAGGCAUCAGCUAUUCUCCCUGGGGUCUGUCAAAAUUAAUGCAGUUUUACAAUACAUUCUUCAAUACAUUCUAUCACAUUUACUUAAGUAUUCAGCCUCUACUCAGUAGGUGUUGAAGCACCUUUGUCAGCGAUUACAGCCUUGAGUCUUCUUGGGUAUGACACUACAAGCUUGCCACACCUGUAUUUGGGGAGUUUCUUCCAUUCUUCUCUGCAGAUCCUAACAAGCUCUGUCAGGUUGGAUGGGGAGCGUCGCUGCACAGCAUUUCCAGGUCUCUCCAGAGAUGUUAGAUCAGGUUAAAGUCCGGGCUCUGGCUGGGCCACUCAAGGACAUUCAGAGACUUGUCCCAAAGCCACUCCUGCGUUGUCUUGGCUGUGUGCUUAGGGUCAUUGUCCUGUUGGAAGGUGAACCUUCGCUCCAGUCUGAGGUCCUGAGCGCUCUGGAGCAGGUUUUCAUCAAGGAUCUCUCUGUACUUUGCUCCGUUCAUCUAUCCUGACUAGUCUCCCAGUCCCUGCCACUGAAAAACAUCCCCACAGCAUGAUGCUGCCACCACCAUGCUUCAUCGUAGGGAUGGUAACAGGUUUCCUCCAGAUGUGACGCUUAAGAUGUGUCGCCAAUGAGUUCACACUUGGUUUCAUCAGACCAGAGAAUCUUGUUUCUCGUGGUCUGAGAGUUCUUUAGGUGCCUUUUGGUAAACUCCAAGUGGGCUGUCACAUGCCUUUUAUUGAGGAGUGGCUUCCGUCUGGCCGCUCUACCACAAAGGCAUGAUUGGUUUGAGUGGUGAAGAGAUGGUUGUCCUUCUAGAAGGUUCUCCACAGAGGGACUCUGGAGCUCUGUCACAGUGACCAUCGGGUUCUUGGUCACCUCCCUGACCAAGGCCCUUCUCCCCCGAUUGCUGAGUUUGGCCAGGCAGCCAGCUCUCGGAAGAGUCUUGGUGGUUCCAAACUUCCAUUUAAGAAUGAUGGAGGCAACUGUGUUCUUGGGGACCUUCAAAGCUGCAGAAAGGUUUUGGUACCCUUGCCCAGAUCUGUGCCUCGGCACAAUCCUGUCUCUGAGCUUUAUAGACAAUUCCUUUGAUCUCAUGGCUUGGUUUUUGCUCUGACAUGCACUGUCAACUGUGGGAUCUUAUAUAGACAAGUGUGUGCCUUUCCAAAUCAUGUCCAGUCAAUUUAAUAUUCCACAGGUCGGGGUCUACCUGAUAGUUUUCAGUCUGGUGUUUUCUGUAACGACCUUAGUGAUCACAGUUUUACAGCCUGUGUUCGUAAUGACUGCUCAGUCAAACGACCUGUCCUGAUUUGUUAUAGUCGCUUGCUAAAAAACUUUAAUGAGCAAUCCUUCCUUCAUGUCCUGGCCUCAUGGCAAAAUUUUCAAUGAUAUUGUUAACAAACACGCCACCAUAAAGGAAAUGAGAAUUAAAAACAGAUUUAUCCCCUGCUUCGACCGUGAUCUUGCAGAGUUACUCAACCUCAAGAAUUUGAUUUGGCAAAAGGCUCGGCACACACAUACUCAGGCUGACUGACUCGCAUUCGGGCAAAUGAGAAAUAAGUGCACUCAGGCUUUCCGGAAGGCCAAAGUUAACUGCUCCUUAAAGUAACUAUCUCUCUUUGUGGGGCUAAGCCCAAGAAGUUCUGGAAAACGUUUAAAGACCUGGAGAAUAAACCCUCCUCCUCACAGCUGCCCAUGUCCCUUAAAGUUGAUGAUGUGGUUUUUACUGACAAGAAGCACAUGGCUGAGCUUUUUAAUCACCACUUCAUUCAAUUCCUAUUUGACUCAGCUAUGCCUCCUUGCCCGUCCAACAUUUCCUCAUCUCCCACCCCCUUCUUAUUCUAAUAAUCGCGAAGCCUAUCUCUGACCUUUUUAACAUGUCUCUCCUCUUUGGGGAGGUUCCCAUUGCUUGGAAGGCAGUCACGGUUUGUCCUUUAUUUAAAGAGGAGAUCAAGCUGAUCCUAACUGUUAUAGGCCUAUUUCUAUUUUUCCCUGUUUAUCAAAAGUGUUGGAAAAACUGACUGGCUAUCUUGAUGUCUAUAGUAUUCUCUCUGGUAUGCAAUCUGGUUUACACGCAGGUUAUGGAUGUGUCACUGCAACCUUAAAGGUCCUCACUGAUGUCACCAUUGCCCUUGAUUCAUACAAUGUUGUGCUGCUGUUUUUAUUGACUUGGCCAAAGCUUUUGAUACGGUAGACCAUUCCAUUCUUGUGGGCCAACUAAGUAUUGGUGUCUCUAAGGGGUCUUUGGCCUGGUUUGCUAACUACCUCUCAAAGAGUGCAGUGUAUAAAGUCAGAACAUCUGCUGUCUCAGCCACUGCCUGUUACCAAGGGUAUACCACAAUGGCUUGAUCCUAGGCCCCACGCUCUUCACAAUUUACAUCAACAACAUAGCUCAGGCAGCUCAGGCAGUAGCUGCAGUAGGAAGCUCUCUUAUCCAUUUAUAUGCAGAUUAUACAGUUUUAUACUCAGCUGGCCCCUCCCCAGAUUUUGUGUUAAAAGCUCUACAACAAAGCUUUCUUAGUGUCCAACAAGCUUUCUCUGCCCUUAACACCUCCAAAACAAAGGUCAUGUGGUUUGGUAAGAAGGGGCGGCAGGGUAGCCUAGUGGUUAGAGCAUUGGCCUAGUAACCGAAAGGUUGCAAGUUCAAAUCCCCGAGCUGACAAGGUACAAAAUCUGUCGUUCUGCCCCUGAACAGGCAGUUAACCCACUGUUCCUAGGCCGUCAUUGAAAAUAAGAAUUUGUUCUUAACUGACUUGCCUAGUAAAAUAAAGGUAAAAAAAAAAAGAAAAAGAAAAAAGAAAGAAGAAUGCCCCUCUCCCCACAGGUGUGAGUACUACCUCUGAGGGAUUAGAGCUUGACCUCAUAUAAGUACUUGAGAGUAUGGCUAGAUGGUACACUGCCCUUUUCUGCCUAUUUAUAAAACCCUCCUAGGCCUCACUCCCCCUAUCUGAGAUACCUACUGCAGCCCUCAUCCUCCACAUACAACACCCGUUCUGCCAGUCACAUUCUGUUAAAGGUCCCCAAAGCACACACAUCCGUGGGUAGCUCAUCUUUUCAUUUUGCUGCAGCUAGCGACUGGAACGAGCUGCAACAAACACUCAAACUGGACAGUUUUAUCUCAAUCUCUUCAUUCAAAUACUCAACCGUGGACACUCUUAAUGACAGUUGUGGCUGCUUUGCGUGAUGCUUUGCGUGAUGUAUUGUUGUCUCUACCUUCUUGCCCUUUGUGCUGUUAUCUCUGCCCAAUACUGCUUGUACCCUGUUUUGUGCUGCUACCAUGUUGUUGCCACGUUGUGUUGCAGCCAUGCUAUCGUCUUAGGUCUUUAUGUAGUGUUGUGUUGUCUCUCGUCUUGAUGUGUGUUUUGUUCUAUAUUUUUAAAUCCCAGCCUGUCCCCGCAGAAGGCCUUUUGGUAGGCCGUCACUGUAAAUAAUAAUUUGUUCUUAACUGACUUGCCUAGUUAUUAAAGGUUAAAUAAAAGGUUGUAGAAACAUCAAGGAUGAUCAAUGGAAA